AUGGGGAAUUCUAAAAGUGGAGCUCUGUCCAAAGAAAUCCUGGAAGACUUAAAGCUGAAUACAAAAUAUUCAGAGGACGAGCUUUUUAAGUGGUACGAGAGUUUUAAGAAGCAAUGUCCUGAUGGCAAGAUCUCGCGUACAGAUUUUGAGAAGAUCUACGCCAACUUUUUCCCCAACUCUGAUCCCCAGACCUAUGCCAGACAUGUUUUUCGUAGCUUUGACACCAAUGAUGAUGGCACGUUGGACUUCCGGGAGUACAUCAUUGCACUUCACCUAACCUCUUCGGGGAAAACCAGCCUCAAAUUAGAGUGGGCAUUUUCCCUCUUUGAUGUUGAUAGAAACGGUGAAGUUAGCAAAGUUGAAGUUUUGGAGAUUAUUACUGCUAUAUUCAAGAUGAUCCCUGAUUCAGAACAGCAGAAAUUGCCAGAUGAUGAAAAUACACCACAAAAAAGAGCAGACAAGUUAUGGGCCUACUUCAAAAAGAAAGACCAAGAUAAAAUAGCUGAAGGGGAAUUCAUCCAAGGAGUUAUGCAGAAUGAUGACAUCAUGAGGCUUAUCCAGUAUGAUCCAAAAAGAUAA